AUGACCAGUCAUGGAGUUGGCUGCUCACGCCUGACGUAUUCCGCAUUUUGUGGCGAGAUGGCUUCACGUGGCUAUGUCGUAGUUGCAAUUGAACAUCGAUAUGGCACUGGCCCCAACUCUCGUAUUACUACCGAGAGCGGAAUCCUAAUAGACUGUUUGUUGCUCACUCGUCGAAGCUGGGUAGAUCUGGACGAAGAGCCGAAAAACGAUAUCAGUCUUCGGCAUAUUCACCUUGAAGUCCGUAAAGCGGAAUUAGAGCAGGUUACCAGGGCCGACAAUCGCAUUUCUCAAGGGCAACAAGUACGGAGCUAG